AUCUUUGUUCAAUCAGCUAGAAAUCUUCGGCUAAAAAAAUAAAAAAAAAGAGGCUUGUAGGGUUGAUCGGGCGUAAUGGGAUUAGUUCUAUAAGGCGAACUUUGAAUUUCUUUUGUAGUGAGGAUAUAAAUCUUGAUCGAUCUCUUGCGGUUGAAUUUGUAGAGGAUGUGAGGGAGGAUACGAGAAUGGGCGACUGUAACUCAGAAACGAACAGGUUACUAAAGGAGUUUUACGUACCAAAUUAUAUACUCGAUCCCGAGUCAGAAAGAGAGCCCAUUUCUUACACUCCUGGAUGCCCUGUCAUAGUUUUCAUCAACUCCCGGAGUGGAGGCCAGCUCGGAGGUGAUUUGCUUGUAACAUACCGUCAACUUUUGAAUGAGCUCCAGGUUUUCGAUUUAAAGGAGGAAGCUCCUGACAAGGUAUUGCACAGGCUUUACAGCAAUUUGGAAAAACUCAAGUCUGAUGGAGAUAAUCUUGCUGCUGAGAUUCAAAAGAGACUUAGACUAAUAGUUGCAGGAGGUGAUGGUACAGCAAGUUGGCUACUUGGAGUAGUUUGCGAUCUGAAACUAGCUCACCCUCCCCCUGUUGCAACUGUGCCACUGGGAACUGGAAACAACCUUCCUUUUUCAUUUGGUUGGGGAAAAAAGAAUCCCGGUACUGAUCGCCAGUCUGUGAAAUCUUUUCUUGAACAAGUGACAAAGGCUACCGAAAUGAAGAUUGAUAGUUGGCAUAUAGUGAUGAGGAUGAGAAUCCCCAAGGAAGGUUCCUGUGAUCCGAUUGCACCACCGGAACUGCCACAUUCGUUGCAUGCAUUUCAGCGUGUGCCAAAUGCAGACUCACUUAAUAGGAAUGGUUAUUGCACAUUUCGUGGGGGAUUCUGGAAUUAUUUCAGUAUGGGAAUGGAUGCUCAAGUAUCAUAUGCAUUUCAUUCUGAGAGGAAGCUUCAUCCAGAGAAGUUCAAGAAUCAGUUGGUUAAUCAGAGUACCUAUGCUAAACUUGGAUUGACACAAGGAUGGUUUUUACCCUCUCUUCCUCAGACUUCUUCAAGGAACAUCGCUCAGCUUGCAACUAUAAAGGUCAUGAGAAAACCUGGCUACUGGGAAAAACUCAACAUUUCUCACAGCAUCAGGUCAAUCAUUUGUCUCAACUUACCUAGCUUUUCUGGAGGAUUCAAUCCGUGGGGAACACCAAGCAAGAGGAAAGCACGAGAUAGAGAUUUAACUGCACCAUUUGUUGAUGAUGGACUUAUCGAGAUUGUGGGCUUUAGAGAUGCUUGGCAGGGUUUGCUUCUACUUACUCCUAAAGGACAUGGGACUCGUCUUGCACAGGCACGUGGAGUUCGCUUUGAGUUCCAUAAGGGAGCUGCUGAACAUACAUACAUGAGACUUGAUGGGGAGCCUUGGAAGCAGCCAUUACCUGCAGAUGAUGAUAAGGUCGUGGUUGAGAUCUCCCAUCUCGGACAAGUGAACAUGCUUGCAACCCUUAACUGCAGGUCUAAAAGUAUCAAUGAUCCCUCUUCCCCUUCCUCUGGGCAGCAGGAUGAGGAUUCGAGCAGUGGAGAGUCAGAAGAGGAUACCGAAGCGAAGAGAAAGUUUGGUGCGGCAGACACUUUCAAGCUUCCAACAGCAUAUGAGUAGUCUUCUUUUCAGUUAAUUCCACGUCUUUAUUCUAUUGUCAACUCUGUAAGCCCAUGCCAACCUCCUCCUGAAACUGGACCCCAUCAGAUCUGUUUGUUGAUAACCUUUGUACGUAUAUAUGUGAACCUGCGUUGGGAAUGUUUCUGUACAGUACAGGGUUUAAUAACAAUGAAAUAGUAUGACAAAUUAGAUGGUAAA